ACUGUGAAGGGGUGAGAAUGCCAAGGUGCUGCGAGAGGACCUUGAGGAAACCGGGGUAGGAGACCAGGGGUCCAAGUAGGCAGAGGCCACUGCCAAGGCAGCCAUUAAGUAAACAAGCCGGGCGGUAACCGAGUCCCUCUGGGCGUACCGUCAGAGGAUGCCCCUCCACGCCGCCAGCUUUCGCCCCAGGCACCUAGACCCCCGGUUGCAGAGACCGGGUGCCUCCCGAGGCCAGCCAAGGGACUGCAAGCAAAUAGGGCAGCUGCUCCUCUCCUCUCUCGGGCUGGGGACGUGGCCAGAACUGAUCCCUGAGCUCGGAUUGGCUCUGGGAGACAGCGUAGGGCCAGGUCUCAGUGGCCCGGGCUGGGGGCGUCGCCCUUAAAUGACACCCACCGCCCCCAGGCUCUGCCAAUCCCUGGCCUCGCCGGGCGGUUGCGCCAAGGGAGCCCCCGCCCCUUAGGCUGGCGAGCGUCACGCGUGACGUUACCCGUGAUGGGUGUGAGGGCAGGGGCGGCCCGCGGAGAGGAAGGCGGGACUGAGAGCUGCCGAGGACGGGAGCCCAGGAGCCUAGGAAAUCAAAAUGGGUGAGUUGCCCUUAGAUAUCAAUAUCCAGGAACCUCGCUGGGACCAGAGCACUUUCCUGGGCAGAGCCCGGCACUUCUUCACUGUGACCGACCCCCGAAAUCUGCUGUUGUCCGGGGCACAGCUAGAAGCUUCCCGGAACAUCGUACAGAACUACAGGGCCGGCGUGGUGACACCAGGGCUCACUGAGGACCAGCUCUGGAGGGCCAAGUAUGUGUACGACUCUGCCUUCCAUCCGGACACAGGGGAGAAGGUGGUCCUGAUUGGCCGCAUGUCAGCCCAGGUGCCCAUGAACAUGACCAUCACCGGCUGCAUGCUCACCUUCUACAGGCAGACCCCAACCGUGGUGUUCUGGCAGUGGGUGAAUCAGUCCUUCAAUGCCAUCGUUAACUACUCCAACCGCAGUGGCGACGCUCCCAUCACUGGGGGGCAGCUGGGAACGGCUUACGUGAGUGCUACCACCGGGGCUGUGGCCACGGCCCUGGGACUCAAAUCCCUCACCAAGCAUUUGCCCCCACUGGUUGGCAGAUUUGUGCCCUUUGCAGCUGUGGCAGCUGCCAACUGCAUCAACAUCCCCCUGAUGAGGCAGAGAGAGCUGCAGGUGGGCAUCCCAGUGACCGAUGAACAGGGUCAGAGGCUUGGCCACUCGGUGGCCGCAGCCAAGCAAGGAAUCUUCCAGGUGGUGACAUCAAGAAUCUGCAUGGCGAUUCCUGCCAUGGCCAUUCCCCCCGUGAUCAUGGACACCCUGGAGAAGAAAGACUUCCUAAAGCGCCGCCCCUGGCUGGGGGCGCCCCUGCAGGUGGGACUGGUGGGCUUCUGCCUGGUAUUUGCCACCCCCCUGUGCUGUGCCCUGUUCCCCCAGAGAAGCUCCAUACACGUGAGGAGGCUGGAGCCGGAGCUGAGAGCUCAGAUCCAUGAGCAAAACCCCAGUAUCGAAGUGGUUUACUACAACAAGGGGCUUUGAGGGGGCGUCAGCCCCUGGCCUCCUCUCUCACCUCCUUGGGCUGCUGCUUUAGUGGAGCCUUGCCGACACUGCCACUUUUCCAUCUGCCUGGUACUGGGCGGAGGCCUGGUGUGGGAGCAGCCGUUGAGACCAGCAAUCCGUUAGACUGGGAGAGGUGCCCCCGUAGCCUUUUUCUCUCCUCUGAUUUCAAAGAGCAGGGUCACAUGAUCCCUUUCUUCUGCGCUAGUGUGUCUACAUAUGUACAUAUGUGAUACACACGUAUCAGGCUGUCCUGGGAUGUCCUCAUGUCUGGCUUCCCUUCUUGGCCUCCUGUCACCUGCCAGCUGGCCAGGCUACAGGACUUUCUCACCUAAACAGUUCCACCAGCCAAGUCAUUCCUGACAGAACCUUGCCCCUUCUGGACACAGGAGGAGACCCAGGAUCUCAGGACAGAGACUGAGGGACACUAGCAGGCUAAACUGGGCUGAAUCCUUCAGAUUUCUGCUUCCUGGCUCCCGAAGCUGACUCAGGAACUGGGCUGGCAGAGGACGACAUGGCAGGAUAAGGGAGGCAGGGGGCUUACCGCAUUCCCCACAUCCUGGAACGGGUCAUUUCCUCUCCUCUUCUCUGCUAGAACAAAGGAGUGUCAGUGUCCUGUACUGCUCUUGUCAUCUCCCCAUCUCCCCCACACUGUAGUACGGGCAUCUUUAGGCACAAUCCUAGGAGUUCUUGGGCCGCAAGACAUCAUAACCUUAAGUCUAAAGUUACAAUCCCAACCCCCUCCCCUAACCAAAAAGCCACGAAGGCAGAGCAAGCAUUCCUGUUUAAGAGCCCCCACUGCACCCUCUUACGGAGGGACACAGCGUGGGAAUGGUGCUUAAACUCCACAGGUGUCUGAGUGGCUGUAACUAGGACACCUCAAGGGCAACUAGGCCCUGAGCGUACGAUCUCAAGGCAGGGGAUUUUGUGUUCCACUGAUCUUGCUGGACGUUCAGCAGGAUCCUGAUCUUAGUUCCUUCUCUUCUUGAGGCUUUUUGGCCCUGCUCCCCCACCCCCCCACCUCCAAGAGGAGGAAGGGCCCAGCAGUCAACGGCUGGUCCAAAGGGGAGGUGGACUUGGGGAUGGAAUAUGUGCUGGUGAAUUCACGGAGUGCAGAGCUGGACCAUGACUCCAACUCCUGUGACCUCUGGCUGAAGUGGGGUGAAGGCCCCAGUGUGAUCCUCUAAGAGCACCUUCCUGCUCCCCCAACCAACCGCCACCAGUAAUAAAAGCUUUGGUGCCACUGUUACUCAAUAAACCGAAAAUCUGCCUACUU